UCUCGAGGGCGCGCAUUACGUCACCUCUCCUCCUCCAGAUUUGCUGCGUGGGUCACCUCGCUGCCCGAUUCCUCUGCAGCUGCCACGGCCUUCAUCAUCACCACCAUCAUCAUCAUCAUCAUCAUUCUUCCUGUGCUUUUUAGCGGAAGCUGCCUGCGUGUGUUGCGCGUGCCGUCCACCGGAGGAUGGCGGAGAGCGAGGCAGACACGCCGAGCACCCCGGUGGAGUUUGAGAGCAGAUACUUUGAGUUUGAUGGAGUCAGGCUGCCGCCCUUCUGCAGAGGGAAGAUGGAGGAGAUCUCCAACUUCUCCCUGAGGAGCAGCGACAUCUGGAUCGUCACCUACCCGAAGUCAGGGACCAGUCUGCUGCAGGAGGUUGUGUUUCUAGUGAGCCAGGGAGCAGAUCCUGAUGAGAUCGGCCUUCUGAACAUCGAUGAACAGCUACCGGUCAUAGAAUACCCCCAACCCGGGCUGGAUGUCAUUCAGGAGCUGACGUCCCCCCGCCUGGUCAAAAGCCACCUUCCUUACCGAUUCCUGCCUGCAGCCAUGCACAGCGGAGAGGCCAAGGUUAUCUACAUGGCCAGGAACCCUAAAGACCUGGUGGUGUCCUACUACCAGUUCCACCGCUCUCUGAGAACCAUGAGCUACCGGGGAACCUUCCAGGAGUUCUGUCGCCGCUUCAUGAACGAUAAACUGGCGUAUGGCUCCUGGUUUGAACAUGUUCAGGAGUUCUGGGAGCAUCGGAUGGAUUCCAACGUCCUCUUCUUGAAAUAUGAGGAGAUGUUCAAGGACCUGGGGACGAUGGUGGAGCAGCUGGCCCGCUUCCUGGGGGUGUCCUGUGACAAAGCUCAGCUGGAGGUUCUGGUGGAGAACUGCAACCAGCUGAUCGAGCAAUGUUGCAAGUCUGAGGCGCUGUCUAUCUCUAGUUGUGAGUGCGUUAAAACAUAAAGCAUCACAUCCAUU